AUGCCCCUUAUGACCUCUACCAACCCAAACUUCGAUCAUGAGUUCUUUGAACUCCUCUCUUCCAUCAUUGGAACACUGAUAGGACUUUUGGUGAUCAUCCAGCUGUGCCAGGGACACCAUUCCAUCACCGCCUGGACUCUUAGACACUACAACGAGUUUUUACGUAUUCGAGAAAUCCUACAAAAUGUAACCCUUGACCUCCCUCUACAUGACAUCCCUGACUCCCGAAGAACAACCUACCAGCCCCCAGAAGCCAGGCCUAGCAGCAUGCAUCUGAGGGAUGGUCAAGAAGAAAUGAGAGGGCAGCAGCCCUCCCAAUCCAGAGACACAAACCUUGGCGUCCCAAGCAGGGACAGUAUACUCAUACGAGGCCCACCCCCCAACCAUGAGGAUAAAGACCUUCUAGAAGACUUCUUUCAGCAGUCCCCCUCCCCUGAUUCCAUCUCCCACACCCAUGGGAUUGCUGACCAUGCCAGGGACUCUCUCGAUGCCCUUCAGAUGGCUCGACGAUCCUGA